GCGAGAGCGACGGAGGAGGAGGAGGCGGCAAGAUGGCGGCGCCCGGGGACGGUCCUUCAGACGAAGCUUGGUCACUCUUGACCCCGGUGUAAGAGCAGCAGAAACUCGAACUCUUUCCCUGGCAGGCAUCCCUGGGAAAAGCUCUCCAAGGCAGACGUUCAAGAAGAGAGGCCACCCCGCCCCUGGGGAGCGAUGGCCCUGGAAACUGUCAAACAGCUCUUGAGCUUUGACUGUGGCUUGCUGGUGGCUUACCAAGUAGACAUCAUCUCCCAGCUGGACUCUAUCAGCUUUCAGACCAGCCAAAUGAGGGAUGUCUUCUUACACCACCCUGAGGUGGUGCUCAUUCAUCGAACCCUCAACCCAAGGGGCAAGGCCCUCUACACCUUCAUGGUGGACCAGCCUUUCAUGCAGCUGGAAGGGGAGAUGACCAGAGUGAUCCACUUCGCAGUCCCCGCCAAGGAGUCGGCGGAAGGCCUGGCUCAAAUGUACCGCACCUUCAAGGCCUUCAACCCCGAAUGGAAGCAGAUCAAGACCUUCCUCAUUGAGCCGCACUUCCGGUGGGUGCCGGCGCUGUCAGAAGCCUUCCCCUCUGUGGACAUCCAGCUGUCUGCCUUCCACAUAUGCAAACACUUGCAGUACAAGAUCCAGCAGGAUCCCUCCCUGGAAGUCCACACGGAAAGGCUGGUCCUGAGCGCCUUGAGGACCACCAUGUGCGCCCCCAGCGAGAGCAACUUGAGGAAGCUGUACACCAUCCUGCGUGGCUUUGUGAAGCCAAGCUGCUUGCCCCAGCCCCACAAGGAGUGGCUGCUCAAUGAGAAGAUCUGGGCCUUUCACCGCUGGCGGACCUGGGGCCAGUGCAGCCAGUAUUUCAAAGACCUGGAGGUGGUCACGCACAGCUUAAGCCAGAUCUUCUGCGUACGGCCCUCCCUGGAAUCCUGCAUCACCAAAAUAGCAAAGACUUACCAGAAGGGUGCCCAGAAGAGCUGCACGGAGUCUGCGCCAGGCCCAGGCCCUUUGCUCAGUGAGAACGGCUCCUCCUCCACCCAGAACCUGCCGGUUCUUCACUCCUCUGCUGCAGACUCUCAGAGGCAUCUGCUUCCAAGGGAUUCUGCUCCGACCGCCACGCCGACUCCCCUGAAGCCGGCGGCAGGGGUUGCUGCUGAAGAGCCAGCCCGCGAGGCGGCGGCAGAGGUGACUUCCAGAGAGGCUGAGGAGCGGAUCAAGCAGUCCUUGAGCGAUAUUUGCACAGAGCCGGCGGCCAGGCUGUGCUUGAACGAGUUUGCGGUUGUCCAGAGCUCUGUGCAGCUGAUGGGGGACAACGGAGAGACUGCCAGCAUGCAGAUCCUGGAAGACGCCCAGACCGUGCGCCACAAGGGCCUCAGCAGCUGCCCGUGCCACUUCAGCCAGACCUUCCAGCUGCCCUGCCGGCACGUCCUGGCUGUGCUGAACUCCGAAGGGAAGGAUUUCGAGCCCGGCAACAUCCCAGCGCGGUGGCACAAGGGGAACAGUGUCACCCAAGAGGGACAGAGCAGCGCUGACGGGCUGCUGGAGGUCCUGAGUUGCUCGUGGGACGAGUUGUUGGACAAGUACCUGGCGGUGUCGUUUCUCACUGCAGAGAUCAGCCGGCUUCUGAGCCAGUGCAGUCACGAGGAGUUUGAUCGCAGGUACAGCACCCUCCGCGAGCUGGCCGACAGCUGGAUUGGGCCUUACGUGCAGGUGAAGUUGUAACUGAGCUCAGGGGCGCUCCUGGGAGCAGAGCCUUGGGCUCGGCUUCUUGCCCCUUGCUGGUCUGCAGGAGCAGCCUCCUGGCAGGGCUCUCCUCAGAAGUGCCGGAGACUUGAGGUUUACAUUUCAUUCCGCUCCGAGUGUCUGUGGGGCUCCUCCUUUGUGGGGGGAGCUUUGAUGAGCAGCCCAAGAUUUCUGCACACAACUGCAAACCUGUACUCUUGUUUGAGACUUUGCUGGCAACUCAGGGGGGGCCUGGCAUGACCUACAGACCUGUGAAGUCCACCCCCUCGUCUCUCUGCAUUGCUAUUCCUCUAAGUCAGUUGGUUCUCCAUGUCAAAGGGGGCCAGGUGUGUCCCCUGAGUCCUUUUUUCCUCUCCCUCCCCCCCCCUUGAUUAUUGAAACGGAGCCCCUUGCUCCCAGCAAGAGCAGGACUUCUCUUUCGUAAAGGCAAGGUCGUCAAUAAACAAGUCUUUCCUGUUUGCCGUUUCUCAAGACCAGCCUUGAAAUACCAUUCGAAAUCUAAUUAGGAAACAGGGCAAGGCUCCUCUGCUGGGGCUCUGCCAGGCGGAUGGUACUGUACCGGGUUCAGUGGAAGCGCUCUGUGGGCGUUGUGUCAGACUGGAAACUCUGGUGGCAAGAGCUCCAGGAAGCAGCUGCAGUUUGGGCUGUUAGGCGGAGAGCUGGGCUAUACCUUCCGCUUGGUCCCAAGGAGCCUGGCUGGGAGGUGUGGGAAUGGGAAUGAAGGGCUGCCUGGGGUACAGUCCAGACAGGUGUUUGGAGGCUUGGGGAGGGGAUCUGGCCAACAACCUGCUUACAGAAGCGGAAGCACAGACAUAAGCAAAGAGCCUUGCUUUUCACAAACCCUUUAUGUUGACUUUUCAAAGCAGAAUUAAGUGUUUCUCCCCGCCCCCGCCCCCCGCUCUCACUUCUCCAGCUGCGCCAGGAACAGAGGCAGGAGGCUCCUG